GAGAGAGAGAGCGAGUUAGAGAGAGAGAGAGAGCCCCACCGACCCUCGAGCGACCGUGGUGAGGAGGCAGCGACUGGAGGAGCAAAAGCUGGGCGGGGGAGAGCAACUGCAGAAAUAAGAGAUCCCAAAAACAUUGCUGAAUUUCCAGCAAUUCACCUUUAAAGAGAAGACAGAAGAAAGAGAAAUAAUACAAUGUCCUCAACGGGUAAAGACAACAGCGCCCAGCACGCCAAUUACGUGGGACCGUACCGCCUGGAAAAGACGCUUGGAAAGGGACAGACAGGCUUGGUGAAGUUGGGAGUCCAUUGCGUCACAUGUCAGAAAGUUGCCAUAAAGAUCGUGAACCGGGAGAAACUCAGCGAAUCAGUAUUGAUGAAGGUGGAGAGGGAAAUAGCCAUUCUGAAGCUCAUAGAACAUCCUCAUGUAUUGAAGUUGCACGACGUCUAUGAAAACAAGAAAUAUUUAUAUUUGGUUCUAGAGCACGUGUCAGGUGGUGAGCUGUUUGAUUAUCUGGUAAAGAAGGGCAGGUUAACACCCAAAGAAGCCCGAAAGUUCUUCAGACAGAUCAUCUCCGCACUGGACUUCUGCCACAGUCAUUCAAUAUGCCACAGAGACCUGAAACCAGAGAACCUGCUGCUGGAUGAGAAGAACAACAUUAGGAUAGCAGACUUUGGAAUGGCUUCUCUGCAGGUUGGAGAUAGUCUCUUGGAAACUAGCUGUGGUUCUCCGCACUAUGCCUGCCCAGAGGUGAUUAGGGGGGAGAAGUAUGAUGGCAGGAAAGCAGAUGUUUGGAGCUGUGGGGUCAUUCUCUUUGCACUUUUAGUGGGUGCUCUGCCGUUCGACGACGACAACCUGAGGAACCUUCUGGAGAAGGUGAAGUUGGGAGUGUUCCACAUGCCUCACUUCAUCCCUCCAGACUGCCAGAACCUGCUGAGGGGCAUGAUCGAAGUGGACGCAGCCAAAAGACUCACGUUAGAACAGAUACAGAAGCACACGUGGUACAUAGGGGGAAAGAACGAGCCGGAACCGGAGCAGCCCGUCCCGCGGAAAGUGGCUAUCCGGACGCUGCCCUCGGCCGAGGACAUCGACCCGGACGUGCUGGAGAGCAUGCACUCGCUCGGCUGCUUCCGGGAUAAAAACAAACUGAUGAAGGACCUGCUGUCGGACGAUGACAACCAAGAGAAGAUGAUCUAUUUCCUGCUGCUGGACCGUAAGGAGAGGUAUCCCAGUCAUGAGGACCAGAACCUGCCCCCCCGCAACGAGAUCGACCCUCCCAGGAAGCGGGUGGACUCUCCGCUGCUGACCAGGCACAACAAGAGGAGGCCGGAGCGCAAGUCGAUGGAGGUGCUAAGUGUGACUGAGGGAGGCUCUCCUGUACCUGUCCGACGAGCCAUCGACAUGACCCAACAUGGACAGAGGUCACGGUCCAUCAGUGGAGCCUCAUCUGGUUUGUCCACCAGCCCACUCAGCAGUCCACGGCCCGUGCGGCGCUUUUUCGUCCCCCCACAAUCCUCGGAGCUCACGCAGUCGCCCAACCACAGCCCCACCCACUCGCCCCGGGCCAACGGCACAGGCCCCCACCCGCCCAAUGCCUUCCAGCCAAAGACAGGAGCCCUACAGCCCAAUAACAAAACUCAGACCCUUCCAGCAAAGCCCAAAGUCUCAGAAAAGCCCCUCCAGAGCACCAGGUCCAACCCCCUCCCCAACACCACGCCUACACCUUCAACUGCCAAAUCUGAGCCCUCGACGCCCUCCACGCCCACCCAUCACCUCCCUCCACCCGUCCCCAACAGCCCGAAGGUGCGCAGGCCGCCCCUCACUGUACCCCCCAAGCUCUCCAUCCCUCUUUCUCAGGCUCCGCCCCUCUCGCCUAUCCGGCUACACCACCACCACCUGCACCCGCUGGCCGGGACUGACCACAACGGCAAAUCUAUCCCCACUGUACAGGUCACUCCCCACCCUUCCCCCCGGGGCAGCCCCCUCCCGACCCCCAAAGGGACACCUGUGCACACGCCCAAGGAGAGCCCAGCCGGGACCCCCAGCCCCACGCCACCCCCCAGCCCCUCCAUCGGGGGCAUGCCCUGGAGGACACGCCUCAACUCCAUCAAGAACAGCUUCCUCGGCUCACCGCGGUUCCACCGCAGGAAACUGCAAGUACCCACACAAGAGGAAAUGUCCAGCCUAACACCGGAGUCUUCCCCCGAACUUGCCAAAAAGUCUUGGUUUGGUAAUUUCAUUAAUUUGGAGAAAGAGGAGCAGAUCUUCGUGGUGAUCCAGGACAAACCUCUGAGCUCAAUCAAAGCGGACAUUGUCCACGCCUUUCUCUCAAUCCCCAGCCUCAGCCACAGUGUGGUGUCCCAGACGAGUUUCCGGGCCGAGUACAAGUCCACCGCCGGCCCCACCGUCUUCCAGAAACCCGUCAAGUUCCAGGUGGACAUCACCUACACGGAGAGCACAUCGGCCACCAAGGAGAACGGCAUCUACUCCGUCACCUUCACCCUGCUCUCAGGUCCCAGCCGACGCUUCAAACGAGUGGUGGAGACGAUUCAGGCUCAGUUGUUAAGUACACACGAGCAGCCCGCCGUUCAGCAGCUGUCUGGCAGCCCAUUGAGUAGCUUCUUUGACGUAAUUAAACAGCUCUUUUCAGACGAGAAGAACGGGCAGGUGCCCCACGCCGCGGGCACGCCCAAGCACGGUGCCAGCAGCAAGAAACACGAGUCCGACUCUAAUACCUCCAAAUGCCCGUCGGGCAAAGACAAAGCCAAGGUGGCACCAUCAGUUGGGACACAGGAGCAACCUUAAGACCCAGGAGUGUUAGUAGAUCACCAGAUUUAAAUAUAUAGUACAACGUAGAUGAAGCUUUUGACUCGAGCUCUGGCUCAACUGUAAAAGACGCUCAAGAAACUUUUAUACGCUGGAAUGAUUACUGCAGUAGAGUAUUACACCAGUGCAUUCUCUCCACCAGGCACAGACACACUCCUCCCUUCUUUAACCAGGUGUCUUAUUGCU